AGCACUUCAGCUCCAACUGCUCUAUGUUUAGAACUGCCUCUCUUUUAAGAUGGAUUUCCUUCAUAGGAAUGGAGUGCUCAUUAUUCAGCAUUUGCAGAAGGACUACCGAGCUUACUACAAUUUUCUAAGUUUUAUGUCCAAUGUUGGAGACCCUCGGAAUAUCUUUUCUAUUUAUUUUCCUCUUUGGUUUCAACUUAAUCAGACAGUUGGAACCAAGAUGAUAUGGGUAGCAGUCGUUGGGGAUUGGUUCAAUCUUAUUUUUAAAUGGAUAUUAUUUGGUGACCGGCCUUACUGGUGGGUCCAAGAAACUCAGAUCUAUCCAAAUCACUCAAGUCCAUGCCUUGAACAGUUUCCCACGACAUGCGAAACAGGCCCAGGAAGUCCAUCUGGUCAUGCAAUGGGCUCAUCGUGCGUCUGGUAUGUCAUGGUGACGGCUGCCCUGAGCCACAGUGUCAGUCACAUAGAUAAGUCAUCUGCCACUCUGCACAGACUGACCUGGUCAUUUCUUUGGAGUCUUUUUUGGUUGAUUCAAAUCAGUGUCUGCAUCUCCAGAGUAUUCAUAGCAACACAUUUUCCUCAUCAAGUUAUUCUCGGAGUGAUUGGUGGCAUGCUCGUGGCAGAGGCCUUUGAACACACUCCAGGCAUCCAUACAGCCAGCCUGAGCACAUACUUGAAGACCAACCUCUUCCUCUUCCUGUUCGCACUUGGUUUUUACCUGCUUCUCAGACUGCUUGACAUUGACCUGCUCUGGUCUGUGCCCAUAGCCAAGAAGUGGUGUGCCAACCCCGACUGGAUCCACAUUGACACCACACCUUUUGCUGGACUUGUGAGAAACCUCGGGGUCCUCUUUGGACUGGGCUUUGCAAUCAACUCAGAGAUGUUCCUCAGGAGCUGCCGAGGGGAAAAUGGCUACAAGCUGAGCUUCCGGCUGCUCUGUGUCAUGGCCUCGUUGACCACACUACAGCUCUACCAUUUCAUCAAGAUCCCCACUCAUGAAGAGCAUUUAUUUUAUAUGCUGUCUUUUUGUAAAAGUGCAUCCAUCCCACUGACUGUGGUUGCUCUGAUUCCCUACUGUAUUCAUAUGCUAAUGAAACCAAGUGAAAAGAAGAUUAAUUAGAAUUAUGCAGAAUUAGUGCUUUGUGGUGUCAGGAGGACCCUCCAGUUCCAUCACCCCCCAAGAGAGCCACAGAGCAGGGAGAGACUGGGGCAUUCCCCUCGGAGGGCGCACAAUGGCAGCCACAGGCCCCAUCCCACCCUUACAUGUGUUUAGUUUAGCUCUCACAGUGGUCUCUCUCUCUCUGUCUCAAGUUACCUGUCAACAUUUAAAAACAAAAAUCUGAAUUUCUAUAUUUUCUUAAAAAAUCUGAUGAUAUGGCAAUUAGAGGGCCUGCAUUCCCACCUGGAGACAAUCAACUGUCCCCGAAUGUCCCCGACAGGACGCAGGCACCACCCAUUUAUCACAGUCUCCAGCAUCCCAACAGGGUCCUCAGUCUCUGAUGCUUUUAUCGUCUUCAGAUGCUUCUGACUCUUGUGGACAUUUUAGUGGCAGCCAAAUCUAACUGCCUCCCUUUUCAGAUAAGGAAAUGGAGGCUCAUUCAGAUAAAAGAAAUGGCUGUUAUCACACCACCGCCAGAACAGGGACUAGAACCAAGUCUUCUGACAUGUAUUUCCAUUAAACUAUGUUUUGUUUCUUCAUUUUCAAGAGCU